AUGGCUUGUGAGUCGUCACAUUACUACCAGAGUCUCCACCUCGUGAGCCAGAGUCAGCCUGUGUGCCUUCUCGAGGCUGAAGGGAGUGGUGGAACGCAGGGAGUGGUGGAACGCAGGGAGUGGUGGAACGCAGGGAGUGGUGGAACGCAGGGAGUGGUGGAACGCAGGGAGUGGUGGAACGCAGGGAGUGGUGGAACGCAGGGAGUGGUGGAACGCAGGGAGUGGUGGAACGCAGGGAGUGGUGGAACGCAGGGAGUGGUGGAACGCAGGGAGUGGUGGAACGCAGGGAGUGGUGGAACGCAGGGUGUGGUGGAACGCAGGGAGUGGUGGAACGCAGGGAGUGGUGGAACGCAGGGAGUGGUGGAACGCAGGGAGUGGUGGAACGCAGGGAGUGGUGGAACGCAGGGAGUGGUGGAACGCAGGGAGUGGUGGAACGCAGGGAGUGGUGGAACGCAGGGAUCCAUUGUUGAAGACAUGGCUGCUGAGCGAGUGAUGGGGGUACUUGUUGAUGCGGUCAAAGAGGCGGUGCUGGCAGCUGUGAGAGAGGAGCUGGCUGCACACAAGGAGGACGUGGAUGAGUUGCGGCGCAUGUUGACUGCUGUGGGGGAGGGGAAUGAUGCGACUGCUGCUAUGGGGAAGGAGAGGGAGAGGGAGUUGGCAGCAGUGAACGGGGUAUUGGAAGGGGUGAAAGGGGGUUUGGCAGCAAUGAAGUGGGAGUUUGCAGCAGUGAAGGGGGACUUUGCAGCAAUGAAGUGGGAGGUUGCAUCAGUGAAGGGGGAGGUUGCAUCAGUGAAGGGGGAGGUUGCAUCAGUGAAGGGGGAGUUUGCAGCACUGAAGGGGGAGUUUGCAGCGGUGAAGGGGGGGUUUGCAGCGGUGAAGGGGGAGUUUGCAGCGGUGAAGGGGGAGUUGGUAGCAUUGAAGGGGGAAGUUGCAGCAGUGAAGGGGGGAUUGACAGCAGUGAAGGUUGAGUUGGCAGAACACAAGGAGCAAUGGGCUGAAGGUAGUAGGGCAUCGUAUGUAUGGGGCGUGAGAGGGGAGAGUAGGAAGAGAAGGCACGAAAUAGCAGCGGAGUUUGCAUGGGAGGAGGAGAGUAGGAGAGAGGUGCAGGAGUUGAGUUGGGGACAUGCCAUGGAGGAGUUGGCAGCCUGUAACGAUUGGCAGAGGACACAAGAUCUGAAAUUGAAUGUUGACGUGGAAAUCCGGCAGAGUGAAGGCGAUCGGAGGGCUGCGUGGGAGGUGAGUGCUGAAUGA